AUGAAGCACAUUGUAAUACUUCUAAUAUUUGUGUUCAUUUUACCAAGUACAUUGUCUAAUAAUAUUUCAGUAAGCCUUCAGGAUAACAAAGUUAAGGAUUUACUCAAGAUAAUUGCAGCAAUUUCAUAUACCGAAGAAUAUACUGAAACUAUAAUAAUUAUUGAUGUCGAUAAUGUAAGUCACAAAAUAAAUUUUGAAUUUAAUGCAAAUUCAUUUAUCGUAUACGACAGCAACUGUAAAAAACCUUUACCUAAAUACAACAAAUAUAAAGGUUCGUUUUUAUUCCUUGUUGACCGACCUAGAGCAAAUAUUUAUCGUUAUAUAAAAAGAUUUUACAGAUGGAGUAACUAUGAUAUUCAAACUCCUGUCACCAUAUACAUACCAUUUGUAAAAGUCGAAGAAGAGUUAAAUUACAUGAAAUGGAUCAAAAAUAUGUUCAAGAAAUUGUGGCUUCUGAAUCUGACCAGAGUGCUUGUAGUUUUCUGGUCACAAAUUACAAACUCCAUGCAAUGGUUCAAUUAUCAUGUGUUUUUAAAAACUGUGUACAACCAAACAGGAAUUUAUGAUUUAAGAUCUAAUAUGUCUGCAGCUGAGAAAAAUUUCUACGAGUUUCCACUUAUGGUUUGUUUUUACAAUGCAGUUCCUUUCAGCAUCAUUUUAAAUGUUGAAGACAAGGUGUUAAUAGCAGGAAUAGAUGGUUUUAUGAUGAAAACGAUUUUGAAAAAAAUCAACGCAACUUAUCAAAUUGUCAAAUUCGAUAGCAAGAAUGGAGCUGAUAUUCCUGAAUCAAGACAAGCUGUGAUUGACCAUCGAUGUGAUGUUUUAUUUACUUCUCAAUAUUUCGUAGACAACUCUAAACCUGAUCUCCAAUAUUUGUAUCCAGUGGCAACCGAUGAAUGGUGCAUUAUGGUUCGCAAAGCUGGUAAAAAGAUUGAUAUAUUCAGGUUUAUCAAACCGUUCAAACCACGGUUUUGGAUUGCAGUAAUUUGUUGUACUAGUUCUGUAAUUAUAAUUUGGAACUGGUAUUUAAAACAAGCUAGCAUUUUACUCCAUAAAGAAGACAAGAAAUUGAACUGGUUGCACGUCAUAAGUAUUUUUCUGAAUGUCACGUUAUCGAUAAAGAUGUCAAAAUUAUCGGCUUCAACAAGAACUAUGAUUAUGUCUGUUGUAAUUUAUAAUAUAACGGUUUCAUAUUCUUACUUGGCGUUAUUAUUUGGCAGCUUGAUAACACCGAUAUAUAAUGAAGACAUGCACACUUUGGACGAUGUUAAUAAAACAGGCAUGAAAGUAAUGACUCCUGAAUCCGAGUUCGACCGGUGGGCCGAUAUGGGCUUGAACAACAGUGACAUUUUGAACAACAUGCUAGUAACAGAUUCUAACAUGUCAAAAAUAUUACACAUGCAAGAAACAAUGCAAUUAGAAUACGGUUACACUGUCACUUAUCGACCUGCCAGCUUUCAGGUCAAACUAUCAAAAUAUUAUAGAGAAAAUCGGCCUGUGUAUCACAUCGUUGAAGAAUGCUUUUUGCCAACUCUGUCCAGCUAUGCCAUCACAAUUGAUUUUCCUUUCGGCAGAAGGAUAGAAAGAUAUCAAACACGAAUUCUGGAAUCUGGAAUUCCAGAAUAUUGGGAUGCUAUUAGCAAAUAUGAAUAUACUAGUGUAGUACCGUUUCACUACGAGAGAGAUGAUAAAUAUGAUAAAAGUGUUGAUGUUAUUGCUUUGAAUAUGUCCCAUUUUGGUGGAAUUUUUUAUGCUUUGGCUAUAGGUUUAAUUAUAAGUUCAAUUGUGUUUGCUUUAGAAACUGUGAAAGGGUUCAAUAUUAUACCUAGCUUUUAUAAGUCAAUGAACACGAAAUUUAGAUAA